UCAGUAACUAAAUCGGAACAGUUUUAUGUUUAGCUAUUUCUUAAAUUGACAUAUGCACGCGUCAUCGCAGUCGAACAGGCGGAUCCACUUAUGAAUACCUAAAAUUUCAUAACAUGUCUAGAGCUUUCAAUAGUGCUUAUAACAUUGCCCUGGCCUACCGCGAUGCCAAUGGCAUUCAGUACAACGAGGCCGUCGACGACGGUCUGGAUGGCGAAACCUUGAUCGAGACCGGAACCGCCAACGACAGCAACAUCGACUACGAUUGGGUGCCCCAGGAGACGCUGCGGGCGCUGCAGAAGUCGCCGCCCAAGUCCAAGACGCCCAAGACCUCGCCCAAGCCCGGCAAGCAGGCCAGUCCCAAGGCAGCCAGCCAGCAGAGUCCCAAGCAGCGCAAGGUCAAGCGCUGGCGAUGACUAGGUUCAAUCCGCUCAAGACUGCACAUAUCCCAACAACAACAACAACAACAACACCAAGAACAUGUUAAAAAACACAAAAGAUAUAAUUUUUA